UCAGCGCCAGCCGCCUUCCUCACUCUCACGUCACCUCCGUCCAUCUCUGCCUCGCUGUCGCGCUCGUGCUCCUUUCAGAGCUUCUUUUGAUGUUUGUCGGUCUACGAAGCGGAAAAGCCUCAUUCUCACCCCGCUUCCUGAGUCGGACGUAACCUCUCGCUCUGCCUCCUGCCGGCUCCGGGUCUCCUAUGCAUCUUCUCCCCGUGACUGAGGGGAGCAGGGACUCGGUUCUCCCCUCGUCCCCCCACGUCCUAACGCCGGGAUAAUGUUCUACUUCCAGCUGGUCAUCAUGGCUGGGACGGUGCUGCUGGCUUACUACUUCGAGUACACGGACACCUUCCCCGUCCACGUCCAGGGCUUCUUCUGCUACGACAGGAGCUUCUCCAAGCCCUACCCCGGUCCGGACGACGCCAGCAAGAUCCCGCCGGUGCUCAUCUACUCGCUCGUGACGGCCGUCCCCACGGUCACGAUCCUUGUUGGGGAACUUUGUGCGUUCUUCACCAAGGCAGAGGGAACCCAGGAAAAGACCAUAGUCACAGCAGACUGCUGCUACUUCAACCCGCUGCUCAGGCGCAUUUUACGCUUCUUAGGAGUGUAUGCCUUCGGCUUGUUCACCACUGCCAUUUUCGCCAACGCCGGCCAAGUGGUGACAGGAAACCAGACGCCUCAUUUCCUGUCCGCCUGCCGACCAAACUACACAGCGUUGGGCUGCCAGUCGACCACGCAGUACAUCACCGAGCGCCGCGCCUGCACGGGCAACCCGCUGAUUGUCAUGUCUGCGCGUAAAUCCUUCCCGUCUAAGGACGCAGCGCUCAGCGUGUACUCUGCCUUGUACACAGUGAUGUAUGUGACCCUGGUGUUUAAAACCAAAGGCACCCGGCUCACCAAGCCCACCAUCAGCCUCACUCUGCUGUGCCUGGCCGUGCUGGUGGGAGUGGUGAGGGUCGCCGAGUACCGCAACCACUGGGCCGACGUGCUGGCUGGAUUCUUCACCGGUGGCGCCAUCGCUGUGUUCUUGGUAACUUGCGUCAUUAACAACUUCCAACAGUUUCAGCCAAGCCCCCCUCCGCUGCGACCCCAACGUCCUGAAUCCAUGCUGGGCAUACCCAUGGUGACGCUACCUUGUGUGGAAAGUCCACUCGAAAAACUCCGCGGGAAUCUCCAUUCACAGAGAUCACAUGACCAUCAGCCCUAUCGGUUCCCCGCCACCCCCGAUGUCCUCGUACCGUCUCGCUCCAUUUCCAGCGAAGUCUAGACCAGCCCGAGCAGCAGCACUCGCCACACUGCGCGGCCCACGGGUCGGGCCGGAGCGCCAUGCUGCAUCGCUCCUAUUCCACGCAGGUCUAGGCCCAGCGGACAUUAACCCCUUCCCCUCCACGCCCCACAGACUUUCUUAAAUGCCGGGGAACCGAUAGGAAAACUAUUUCAGACUUCUUUCUUAAAAUACUGUGAACAAUCAGCGGGGAGUCACCCAUCUCUGUUGAGCGAUUCAUUUUUACGUUCUUUUGUAUCGAAUCAGUCGCAGUGGAUUUCUCCUGCUUUGACUUAAGAGAUUUUUGUAUCGCGAAGUUCACACCUGUGGAACAAGAGGCAGGAUCUGACAUGUGGGGAUGACCUCCGCUACAUUGGACCAAAGACACUCGCUGCGGGCAAUGUGUCGAACUCUGUUAACAUCUUUUUACCAAGCCACACACUAAAAAUACUCAUAAGCUGCGUUUCCAUUAACCAUAUGAUUGCUCAGUUUGACAUUUCUGAAAAACACAUUUUUCGAUGAAAGCGGUGCUACACGCUAUUGAAUCAUGGGGCGUACUUAGAUUUGUCUAUGUUAGCAAUCAAACUUUUUCAUAACUAUAUACCGCAAACAUUUUUAAUUAUAAAGUCCCAGUUUAGAUUCUUAACUGUUUAACAUGUGUUGGUAUUUCAUCAUGUAAUUGCCUAAAGUCAUAUUUAGGCCAUAAUGAGAAAUCUGCGUCAUACUGAGGUCAUACUGACCUCUUUACCUUGCUACGUCAAAAUACAUUUGCUUAAUGGAAUUUUUUUUUUUUUAAAAGUCGUUUUUUAAAAUGUUAUGGCGCUAAAAUGAGGUGGGGUUUUUUGGGGUUUAUUAAAAUUAGUUUUAUUCGCAAAACUGCAAAAAAAAAUUUAUUGUAUCAUACAAGUCAUGAUCAGCAACAGGAUGUUAUCUUUUACUCAAAUCAUGACGAAGACAAUGGGAAGUUUUUGGAGCUGAAACAUUGCAAACUUGUGGAGGUUUUCUUGACAUUAGCGGAACAUUGACAACAUUUUGUGCACAUUUACAAUGAAAAUGCAGCUGUAAGCACACAUUUUUGUUUUUUUUUCUUUCUUCCUGCUCAUCUCAUCGAACACGCUGCUGACAUUUGGGUGGUCCACUCUGCACUGCAUGCAGUCCAUCUCGAGCAAAGCACACUCAGCAGAAACAACCGACAAAAUCAGACAGCAGGAAAAAGCACAGAACCUUUCAGAACCGGUCUUCUUUAGAGCUUUUUUACUCUGAGAUGGUCGAAAUUUUCCAAACUCUAAUGGAAAAAGCAUCAGAGUUGCUGACCGCAUUAAUGUCUUUUUUUGUUGUUGUUGUUGUUCCUCCAUGUUGUAUGAGAUUCUUGUUCAGUCGUUGUUUUGCUGGAUUUGGAACAUUGUUUUCCCAGGAAAAAAAAAAAAAGUAUAUUUUUAUUCUGCGGAUCAUCCCUGCAGUGUUGCUCUUCUGAAUCAUUCUGAAGACUUUAUGUUCACUGCUCUGUAUAUAAGGUAGACGCCAUAAGCGCCACAUGCGGUGAGACAGUUUUGCUGAAUUUGAUUUGCACACUCUGCUCCUUCGUCUCCCCUCCCAGACAUGGUGCCAUCAUUGUGCUGUGAAAGGGUUCCCCCUGCUGGAUGGCCUGUGCAUAAGGACACUAAGGAACAAAGAAAAAACAACAACUUCUCAACAUGUUGUCAUAUUACAAUCUUAAAUGCAUUUUAUUAGGAUUUUAUUGAUGAUAGACCAAGACAAUGCAUCGGAAAGCAAGAACUUCUCAAAUUUUUCCUGAAAAAAAAAAAAAAAUUAAAACCUAACUUUAUACCUACCCCCUUUAUUGUGACCGAUUAAAAAUAAAUCCAGUGUAAUCAGUUUCUUUAAUGACAUUAUUAGUGAUUAUUCAGUCCACCUGAAUUAGCUCCAAUUACUAAACAGAACUGAAAGAGGUUGACUAAAUAUCUGGCAAUGAUUUACAUCAAAGAAUAUUCACAUUUAAAAAUGGCCUAAUCAAAGUCUAGACCAAAAUCCUCUUCAUAAUUCCAAGCUGUUCAGAGCUGGUGGACUGCAUUGUAAAACGCUCCACAUGGCCCCUGAAAGGUGGUUCUAGAAAGUUCUGCUUUUCUUGGGGAGGCUAAAAGGAGAAUAAAUUCAAAUGCGCGCCACACUUUUAAGUUUUUCAUUCAAGCGUUAUUUUCCCUCCACGUCACAAAUCUGCAUAACUUGGUUUUGGUCCAUCAUGCAAACUAACCAAUAAAAUGCAUUUGUAUUGAGAGGUUAAGAUGUUUAAGGGACGCCAACAUUUUUGGAACGUCGCUGCACUCUAAAGCACACAAACGCAUCACUCGGUGUUGCCGUGCCCGCACUCCUCCACGCCCACUUUCUAACCCUGAAUCUUCUUUGUAUGAUACUGUAAAAAGAGACAUUUUUGUACUUGACAGCAGAAUUUUUACUCAUUUCACUUAAUGUUCAAAUUGGGUUAAGUCGUGUGGAUUUUCAAAACCCAUUUUGAUGGAGAACGUGGAUUCUGACUUUGCAACGCCAAACAGGUUGAGAAAAGUUUAAAUGACUCGCCUUUCGUAUCCAGCUGUAACUAACCAAUGGGAGAGUCUCCUGGGAGUUUCUAUGGGAUCACACUGUUAUGUUGCUUUGGCUAAAUCUAAGUACACCCUGGCAGCUUCCACAAGAUUUAAAGCUUUUUUAUUAUUUUUAAAAUGAUAAUAAUAAUUGGAAAAAAAUGUUUUGAAACUGAAAUUAAAGAUUUGAAAAAAAAAAACAAAAAAAAAACGACUGAAUCUGAAAAGUAGUUUUUGGUUUUAAACCUUUUUUUGUUUCAAAUAUUUUAUUUCUGUUUUAAAAUGAGUUUUUACCUUCAAAUCUUAUGUUUUUGCUGUUUCAGUUUGUCAUUAUUUUGAACAAACUUUGUGGGAAGUUAUCCUCUGGGAUAAUAUGGCAUAUAACGAAGUCCUGUUAACGCAUCGGGAGAGAUUUUGAUGCUAAAAGCGAUGAUGCAUGCUUGUGAAUCCUGGGGAUGUAGAUUCUUCUAUGACUGUGUUGGCAAACAAAUCUUAUUUUUAUCAUGACUGUAAACUGCAAACUUUUUCAGUCCCAUUUUAGGUUACUGAUCGAACGCGUGUUUUUAUUUCAGUGCUAACUUUCGCGAUGUCAGCCUCAUAGCAUAAUUGCCGAAGUUAUAUUUAGGCCAAAUUGAGAUAUCUGUGCAAUAUCGAUCUCCUCACACUUCUCCAUCACCUCAGCCUAUCAGGACACUUGUUAACGUCCAAAUCAACUUUUUUUCAACUCCCAUAUUCAUGUUUUCUCUCGUUUUCCAAAAACACUAAAACAUGGCUUUGACAAUUAUGCUACGAGGUUAGCGGUGAGUAUCAUGAACAUUUCAACUUCACACAUGAUUAAUUGGGAAUGUAAAUCUCUUCAGUAUGAAGCAGCUGUAGGAAUUCCUCAGUUAAACAUGGAUCAUUAGCUGUUUUUCCAUUGGCUAAAUAAUAGCACAAUUUGACACAUCAAAAAUAAAUUUUCUCAACGGAAACAUGCCAGUGUUAA